AUGCCUCAUUCAAAUAGGUCCCCAAGCUCGCCAAGCCUGCGAAUUCACCCCAAGCAGGCCUUGGAUGAGCUUCCUCUUCUUCGACAAACCUCAAUGCCUCCCUCGAAGCCCCCUUCUCACACCUCCUCUGUCCGAAGACUCUGUCCCCGUCGUCCUCGCCCGUCCGUCGCGUCAAUAGCAGAUAUUUUUGUCGGCUCACUGGUUCUGGCAAGCUUCUGCCACGAACACUCGCCGAAUCGUCGGGGGUUGUCGACAGUAGCCUGGAGUGCUUCGGAUCAUAAUUUACAAAAAUUUCAGAGCAAAGGCGCCAAUGGUCGCAGACAGCUACCACCCCGACGACAAACGGAGUAUUCAAGCUCAAGGUUUCAUCUGUCGCAACCGAAAAGAUUGAUCAGCAACGGAUUGGCACGUACAAAUGACGAUAAUACAGAGGAGAAUAAUAUUGACACCGAGUCACGGGAGGAAAGGGAGACAGACAACGACUAUAUACCAUUGUGGCCGGCAAAGAAUGCGGACGCGGAAUCGCGAACUCACUGUGAAAGAUUUGAUUUUACAUACGAUUUCGACCGCAGAAUAGAGAUAACGGAACACACCAAAACCGACAUCGACAUCGACCCGAAAUUGCCGGACAAAUACCCCCGCCAAUCCUUUCCGUCAUGGCUGCAUCCCGAGAAGGAGAAGCACCUCUCUACCUCGAAGCUGUACGAAAGGUCCUUGGCAGAUCAUGACUGGGAGGAAGCAGUGAAUGCUGUAGCUCCAUAUUCACGUUACAAAAAGACGUACAAAGAUGAGUCGCCCGAUCAAAUGGAAAUCCACUCGGUUGAGAAGCUUGUCAGAACGUUAUGGGAAGAGCCAAACCCAUCCACUCAAUACCUGUUCCGAUUAUACAGAGAUCUUCCUGCCCCGGGUGUAGCUUUGCUUUCUCAACGCACCCGCGGUGCUCUUUUGCGCUUGUUCGCGCAUCCUCGAGAUCGACGAUGGGUAGAUGCUCGUCGCUACUUGGCAUUGGUGGACGACAUGGUAACUGCGCGACUCCCUCUAUCCCGAUCACUUUGGUCUUCUGCGAUACAUCUUUCUGGCCGAGCCAAUGGCAGAGUUUUGAAACGAGAUCUUAUCCGAGCCGUGGGCAUGUGGCAGAAGAUGGAGCAUAUCGCUGGAGUGAAGGCCGACGAGGUGGUCUUCAACAUCCUGUUCGACAUCGCAAUCAAAGCAGGUGCAUUCAAAGUUGCUGAUCGCCUGGAGGAGGAAAUGACUGAGCGGGGCCUGAGCUUUUCACGCUGCGGAAAGACAUCCAAAAUCUAUUAUUAUGGGAUGAUACGGGAUGUUGAAGGUAUCCGAGAGACUUUUGACGACUUUGUGAAAUCGGGGGAGAUCGUCGACACAGUUGUCAUGAAUUGCCUUAUUGCCUCAUUCCUUCGGGCAGGCGACACCCAAACUGCGGAGCAGCUCUACGCACGCAUGCUGGAGAAACAAUCAAGCAAUAACAAACGCCUUUCGCAUUCAGACGAUGGAUCCCACUUCCACGUUGGCGAGUCAAAUUUGAGCUAUGACAUGCCCCAAUAUCGGGAAAGAGCCCGAAAGUUAGGCCGCGUAUUGAAGAAGUCGUCAGCACUGAAGGAGAAGUUUCCGGAAUAUCACCGUGCUCUCCAGGAUUCUCUCUCCAUUGCACCCGACACGCGAACUUUUUAUGUCUUCCUACGACACUACGCCUACAACACUGGCCAGCUCGAUAGCUUCAUGGCCGUCAUGCGUGACAUGGAGAAGACCUUUGUCGUCCCACCACGUGCUAUAAUCUAUCUGUUCCUCUUUGAAGGGUUCGCUCUUCAUGGGAGGAAGAAAAAGCAGUGGAGUGCGGAAAACCUUCGGCUGACAUGGCAUGCAUACAUCCGGGCUCUGCGCGACUCAAAUGCAAGACUCCGUGGAUUAAAUUUGAACAACCGAAAGAUGACUUGGGAGAACCCACUGGCUAAAAGCGUGAAAAUCGAUGUCGAGGAGCUACCAGUGACCGAUGCUCCCAACGGGUUAUACAUGACUUUGCCAACAGCGGAUACAGUUGGGAAUCCACAGGGAUCCGGGGAAACUGCCGAGGGCUCUGCCGUGGAUGAUUCUCAAGACAAUGAACAAGACGCAAAGCCUGAGCUUGAUGAAAAAGAAGAUGAAUCCACGGAAAUAGAGGAACUUGAUGUAGAUGAGGUCUUCAACCCUCGCUUGCAGUUCCCAGGUGAAGCAGAGCAAGAAGAACUCUGGGACCCGGAGCAGCGUCUUGAAAAUGGUCUUUUUGUUGGACGUCGGAUGAUCACCAUUAUUCUGCAAGCAUUUGGAACAUGUUGUGGCCCCAAAGAGGUCCUCGAAGUUUGGUUGCAACUUGAACGGCUUUGGCAUCCACAACAACGCAAGGCGGUUGAUGUUUUUGCCGUCAAGGAAGAGCUUGAUAAACAAAUGUCCAGGGAUCCGCAUCGGAACCGCUGA